AGUCAAAAAUACACACACCCCCACAACCAUAAAGCUUUUAACUUCAAUUUUUCCUUCUUUCUCUCUUUUCACAGGAACUGCAUCCCAUCUCAUCUCAUCUCAUCUCAUCCAAUUCCUUCAAUCAAAAUCCAAACCUUUUCCAUCAAUUUCCCUACUUAUGAAACAAACUGUUUGAAAAAGAAAAAAGAUGAACCCUUUCCUUUGCUUUGUUUUACAAGCAUGGAAUCCUAGCUCUUGUCAAGUUUCCUCCAUGGAAACUUCUCGUUUUCUCAGAGACUAUGCUGUUUGGGAAAUCAAUGCUUUUCUUUGGAUUUCUCUUAUAACUAUUACUUAUUUUCUUUCUUAUAAGCUUUUUAAGUUGUUUAAGCUAUGGAAUCAAGCUUGCAAAAUCCCAGGUCCUCCUUCUCCUUCCUUUUAUGGUUAUUUCACUACUCUCUCCAAACAAAAUCUCACAGAGGUAUUGUCAGAUUCACAUGAGGAAUAUGGUUCAAUUGUGAAGUUAUGGUUGAGUCCUAAACAGCUUUUGGUUUCAAUAAAAGAACCAGAAAUUAUUAAAGAGAUGUUGUUGAAAGCUAAGGAUAAAUUGCCACUUACUGGAAAGGCUUUCAAUUUGGCCUUUGGAAGAUCCACCCUCUUUGCUUCAUCUUUUGAUAAGGUAGAAAGUAGAAGAGAGUCACUGGCAUCUGAAUUGAAUGUAAGGUUGCUUGAUAGAGCAAAUUUAAUCGCGACCAAGGCUGUUGAUCAUAUCAUGGCUGAAUUACACCAGAACAUGACCAAAGGAAGUAUCAAUUGUAAAAUGACUUCUCAGCAUAUGGCCUUCACUUUGCUUGGUGCUACAAUAUUUGGUGACACAUUCUUGGCUUGGUUGAAGUCUACUAUUUACGAGGAGCUGUUGAUGAUGGUUGCUAAAGAUGCUUGCUUUUGGGCAUCGUAUAGUGUCAUUCCCUUUUGGAAACAAGGAUUUUGGAGGUAUCGACGAUUAUGUACAGAGUUGAAAUGGCUAACUCAAGACCUUGUUCAACAGUGCAGUAAAUACAGGCAAUACCGUCACAUGGAACCAAGCGCGAAUCUUGGAAUGGAGGCCGGCGUCUUUUUGCAAGAUAACAUUUCCCUGCAAGAGAUUAAUGGCCGUCAUAAUGUAAGAGAUGAAUCUUGCGGCAAUAUUAUGAGCUUGCUGUUCCAUGGAUGCUUAACAACCGGAGGUUUGAUUAAUAAUAUGUUGAUGAGGCUUGUUACACAUCCAGAAAUACAGCAUAAGAUAUACUCAGAGAUAAUCAUGGCAAAGAAAGGUUCGGAGGACAAAGCUCAACCUGUUGUAGAGAAGAUGCCUUUAUUGUGGGCAACUAUCUAUGAGUCUGCUCGUGUUAUGCCAGCCGGACCUUUGCUACAGAGGUGUUCUCUGAAACACGAUUUGAGGCUUAAGUCUGGUGUAAUUGUGCCGGCUGGAGCAAUACUUGUCGUACCUAUGCAGUUGGUGCAGACCGAUGAUUCUAGGGGAAAUGAUGCUGGCAAAUUUAAUCCAUAUCGUUUUCUGUCUAAGACAGAAAAGACAUCCGCUUCACCAAACAUGGAUGCGUCCAUUGCAGGACAUGCUGAAGAACUUAAAGAUCAAAGGAAAUGUACUUUUGUUUUGAAAGAUCCGAAUAAGAAUCCGGCUUUUCUUCCCUUCGGUUCUGGUGCUCGUGCUUGCGUUGGCCAGAAAUUUGUCACUCAAGGAGUUGCAACGUUGUUUGCUUCCUUGCUCGAACAAUACGAGGUGAGGCUUCGUUCAGGAUCAAAGACAAACUCAAAACCGUCGACAAACUACUCGAUGUCUCAAGAUUUUCUGAGUUCCGAACUAGUUUUCGCAAGAAGGAAUAACUGAAAAGCCAUAACAAACAUACAUACUGUCAUCCUUAAACCCUUAGUUUGCUCUUGUUUUCCGGUUUUCGUUUUUUCGUCAUACAGCUUUUUGAUGGAGAAAGACAUCCUGAUUCUCACCCUCUUUUUCCUCCGAAAAUCAUCGGAGAAGCUCAUUCAUUGCUUCUUACCUAUGGAUAAUCUCACAUGGGGCAUAUUUCAAAUCUCAUGUAAUCCUCCAUGGUUUUAAAAGUGUCUUAAAAAGUGCAGUAUUUGAUUUCAAGCAUUUUAGUGUUUGUUUUUGAAGCACUUUGAGACACUAUUUGCAGUGAAAACAAAACAAAAACAAAAAAAAAACUCAAAAACUCUACUUUUUAUCUUUCCCCAUCUUCUGAACUUUUUUUAAUCAUUUUCUCUUUGUUUUUUUCCUCCUUACUGGAGUUUGUGUUGUAUUGAAUUAUAUACAAUAUGUGUUCAGUGAAUCUUGUAAUCAUAAUUUCUGAACUUGUUAUGAUCUAUGAAAUAAAUCCAACUUUUUACA